AUGGCGGAAAAUGAAGAGUGUCCAUCUUGUGAUGGUCUUUAUGGUAAUGACUUACGGCGACUUCCAUGUAAAUGUGUGAUGUGUCACAAAUGUGCUAUGAAUAAUUUUGAAAAUGGAAAAUUAAAAUGUUUGACAUGUUAUGCAUUACAUUCAUAUUCAUCAAAGAAUACAUUAAAGAAGAAUUUAAUAAGUAUUGGAAAUAAAAAUCAUGGUAAAAAAGUACCAAAACCUGUUUCAUUAUUCACAUCCACAAUGCCUAUUGAAAAACCCGAAGAAGGAGCAGCUGCAGCUUCACCAACAAAAGAAACAGCAACAAUAGCAAAAGAACCAGUUGAAACAACAUCUCCAGCUCUUGUCAGCACGUUAACAUCUAAACCAGAAAUAAAAUCAGAGAGACUAUCGCAGCAACCAAUUACAUCCGUACCAUCAAAGCCAAGCGCGCUAACAGAUCUUACCGAACUACCUACAACAGUUCAAGCACCAGUCGUUAGAAAACCACAAAUUGCUCGUUGUUCGUCUUGCUUAAAUAAAACAGAAUUAAUUAUUUGUGAGCAUUGCGAUCAUUUUAUUUGUUUAAAAUGUGCUGAUGAUCAUCGUAAUAAAGCCGAAUUACUGAGUAAAAAUUUGAUCGAACAAUGGAAAUUAUGUAAAGAAAAAUACGAAAUAUUCAUUCAAACGACGAACGAUUAUGAUCAUGAACGAAUUAAAAUUGAAAAUCAACUCAUGGUAAUACGGGAUCAAAUAAAUCAACGUACUGACGAUGCCAUAAAACUAGUCAAAAAUCAACAUCAAACAUUGUUAGAAUUGGUUGAUAAUAGUCAAUCAAAACCGGUUAAACUUACAAAACAUACUGAUAUCGAACAAGAUGGUGAUACUGGCACAUAUAAAACACAAGAUUUUCUUCUUGAACUUGAUCAUUUAGAAAAAACGUUGGAUGAACGAGCCACACUAACGAAAAUAUACACAUUGAAAGUCCCUGUUUUGAACAAACCAGAAAAUAUAUCAAUAGCAAAAUUAUUUGGUAAACUCUCGUUUGAAUCAAAAACAGUGAUUAAUAAUAAUAACGAUCAAAACGAUAAAUUAACAGUGAUGGCAAAUACUACGACGUCAAAAAUGUCUUCCAAUUCGACGUUGUCAACAUCAUCGAAUCCAUUAUCUACAGUAUCAAAAACAGCGUCAGUAAUGAUUAAUAAAGAACGACUACCAUCACCCCAACGACAACAGGAUACUAGUAGUGACGAGAUAUUUGCUGACUUUUUGAAAAUGAAAGCUCAAAUACAUCAGUCUUGGAAUACACCGUAUAAUAAAAUUGUAGAUACAGCACCAACUUCAACAUCACAAGAUAUGAAAGUAUCGUUGGACAAACGACUACGAUCGGUACCCUUGUUCCCAUCUGUACCUGUUCCAUUAACUUUAACACAUUCACUUCCGUAUCCGGCUGUACCACAUUAUUUGUGUGUGAUUGGAAAGCCAUUGCCAUUAUUAUUCGUUUGUGAUAAAUACGGUUGUAUUGGAAAAUAUUCAUUGAGUAAAGGAGUUAAACCAAAAACAAAAGGACAAUUUCCAUUUUACUUAUUUAGUAAAGUUCAUGAUAAUAAUACCGAACAUAUUAUCGAAUCAUUCACGAUUUCAACACGAUAUAUAAUUGUAUAUACACGAGAUAAAGAUGAAACAACAUCAGGAAAAAUUUAUUUUUUCACAUAUGAUGGAGAAUAUAAAGAUGGUAUUCGUCAAAAUAUAGCUGUACAUCAUAUUCUUGCUGAUAGUUAUACAAAUCGUUUAUGGUGUUUGGAUCGUAUGCGUUUUCGUUUAUAUUAUUAUGCACUACCAACAUCUGCAGAUGAAAUAGUAAAAUGUUUAAAUGUAACAAAAGAAUUUGCUUCAUUUAUCUCAUCGUGCUAUGCUGCUAAACUGGUGCAAAAUGAUCAAUUGAUUGGUUUUUUUGAACGUAAUACGCAUACUAUUCACUUUUAUGAUAAAAAUAGUGGGAAAAAAGUAGAAGAAUUUGAAAAUAAUCAUUAUAUGGAUUCGUAUGAAUCCUGGGGUAUUGUAGGUUUAACAUCUGAAAAUAAUGUCGUAUUGAAAAUUGAUGAAAAAGUAUCAACAGGAAAUGGACAAUCAGAAACGAUUAAUCG